UUACAUCAGUUUAAUUUUGCCUGUUCUCGUAUGUUCUCGUAAAUAUCGUUGUCUUGAUUGGCACCCAUAUUUUGUGCCGGUACUAAAUUCACAUAAAACUAACAUCGUUUUAAAAAAUAACUUAUUACCCAAAGCUGGUUAGCUUGCGACUCUCAUUGAAACCUUUAAAGUUUUAUCUGAUAUAUAAUAUUUUAGUCAUGGAAAAAUCUUCAAAUUUGGUUGUAGUAAGUCCAAAUACAAAAUAUACUGAAGAGUUUAUUUACUCGGAUUAUGAAUAUGAGGAAACUUUGGUGACUAAAAACGGCAAUAAGUUAGUUGCUAAACCUUACCAGAAAUCUCUUAGCAUCCGCACUACAAGGAAAGUUGGCAAAGUUGGUGUAAUGCUGGUCGGCUGGGGUGGUAACAAUGGGUCUACAUUCACAGCAGGUGUAUUGGCCAAUCGUCACCAACUCUCAUGGAAUAAUAAGAAUGGGAAAAUGGAUCCUAAUUGGUUUGGUUCUAUAACACAAGCAUCCACUGUAAGGCUGGGCAUUGAUGAAGAAGGUCGAGAUGUGUAUGUGCCGAUGUCACAGCUGCUGCCAAUGGUUGAUCCUGAUGAUUUAGUAAUCGACGGGUGGGACAUCAGCCCUUUAAACCUGGCGGAGUCUAUGGCAAGAGCUAAGGUGAUAGACUAUGACCUGCAGCAGAAGUUAAAAAAAGAAAUGUCGGCAAUGAAACCGCGGCCUGCUAUAUACGAUCCCGACUUUAUUGCAGCUAAUCAGGCUGACCGAGCAACCAACUUGAUCCGCGGUACCAAACAUGAGCAGUACCUGCAAAUCCGUGCUGACAUUAAGGACUUCCGCGACAAGAAGAAGCUUGACAAAGUUAUCGUGUUAUGGACGGCCAACACUGAGCGAUUCUGCGAGGUGCGUGAUGGUGUUCACGACACUUCAGAGAACUUGGAGCGAGCGCUGCGCAGCAAUGAGCCUGAGAUAUCACCCUCUAUUAUAUUUGCAUUGGCCGCCAUAGACGAAGGGUGUUGCUACAUAAAUGGCUCGCCACAAAACACAUUGGUGCCAGGCGUGGUUCAGAGGGCAGAGAAGAACGGAGUGUACGUCGCGGGCGACGACUUCAAGUCCGGUCAGACCAAACUUAAGUCGGUGUUGGUCGACUUCCUAGUGUCAGCCGGAUUGAAGCCCGUGUCUAUUGUGAGCUACAAUCACUUGGGCAACAACGAUGGGAAGAAUCUCUCUGCACCACAACAGUUUCGCUCUAAAGAGAUAACGAAGAGCAACGUAGUCGACGAUAUGGUGGAAGCAAACUCCAUACUGUACAAGCCUGACGAGAAGCCCGACCACGUGGUAGUCAUUAAAUACGUGCCAUACGUUGGUGACUCUAAGCGUGCGAUGGACGAGUACACAUCGGAGAUAAUGUUGCACGGCACCAACACGCUGGUGAUCCACAACACGUGCGAGGACUCCCUGCUGGCAGUGCCCCUCAUACUCGACCUGGUGCUCCUCUCGGAACUGUUCACACGGGUCAGCUUUAGACCAGACGAGAAACAUGCGUGGUCGGGCCUGCACACGGUGCUGUCGCCGCUGUCGUACCUGCUGAAGGCCCCGGCCGUGCCGGCGGGCGCGCCCGUCGUCAACGCUCUGUUCAAGCAGCGCGCUGCCCUCGAUGGAUUGCUGCGAGCCUGUCUUGGGCUGCCGGUGCAUCAGCUGCAACUUGAACAUAGGGUUCCGUUUUUGAUGUCGGAGCUACGUUCGGGCAGGAUGUUUGGAGCUUCGCCUCCUACGAAGAAGCAGAAAUUGGCUCACGCCAACGGCGACCAGUAACUCUCUACAACACUACCGUCUCUACAAUCGAGAAGUCCAAUGUAGCAUCACAUAACUUCCCUCCUCCCCAGUUUACGUAAGGUUUAGUAGUGUAUAAUAAUUAUACAAGAGCCAUAGCUAUAAUCACUUUGAAACGGUAACAAAUAAGUCAUAAUUAAAAUUUAUUCAAGAUAUUGUUCAAUAAUGAAAUGAAGUAAUAUGAGUAAACAAAUACAGACGUUGUUACACUGGACUUAUGUGCCAUUUUGGAUAGAACGCCGUUAUCUCUUACAUUUUACAUGAUUUUAAAAUUCUGUAUAGUUUGCAACAUAAUAGUGUCUAUAAUUUUAAUAUGAAUCUCCAAUCAAGUAUUCCUUUUAAAUUCUGUGACGUCACAAUUAAUCUAUAAAGCUACUAUUCUACUUUCUA